AAGGCAUGCUACUGCAAGGCUGAGGUGUGAGAGAAGGAAGGUGCAGGAGCUUCUUUUCAUUCGCAGCUGCUCCUUUGAGUCCAGUCUAGCCUUUCCAUCACUGUUAACUGUGGUAUGUGUCGCGAAUCAUUGUCGCUCACAUCAAUCAUACCACUUUGCACCAUUAACUCGGCAGAGCUACGACCUGAUCAUUUUUAGGCAAACUCACAGGACCAGCAAUAAAGCGUCCUCCACAGCAUAGCCUCAGGAUAGAAGCUCGAGCAUCUGGCUUUAACAAUUCAACAAGUGGCACAGUUCGUCUUUCCUCAAUUCAAUAACGCAAAAUGGCGUCGUCUUGGGAUCUUCUGGACGACAAGGAGGAGCAGGAGUUGCACAAGACCCGACUAGUCAACAUUGAGGAGAAGCCCUUCAAGCGAAUCACCAAGCGGCUCACAUCCAUCUCGGCGAUUGUAAACGCCCAAUCGAAACAACAACCCACCCCGCCACCUGAGGGCGCAAACGGCGACAAGGAUAUUGAUUCCGAGGCGAAGUGGGAGACGAAGAACGCUCAAACCCUGCGAGAGAUUGACCAGAUCAAGGACGAUCUCACCCUCGACUUUGCCGCAUUCGACAGCAGCAUCGCCCGGCUGCAAUUCCUCCUCGACGCGAAUGUCCGCGAGCGCGAACGCUACAAGGCCGAUCAACAACGCAUCCUCGAGGAAUGUCAAAAUGUCCGACACAACAAUGCACGGCUGCGCGAACAGCUGGAGGGCGCUAGAGCGACGCUUGCCCAACGUAAGGAGUACGACAAGCUCGCCAACGCGCUCAUGGCUAAGGGCCUGCGGCCGCGCGGGGAGCAGGAGUCGAACCUGAAGAAACUCGAGGAGGAGAUUCGCGACCUGGAGAAGGAGAGCGAGACCUACGCGGUGACUUGGCGGGAGAGACGCGAUCAGUUCAGCAAAAUUAUGGAUGAGGGCAUGCAACUGCGCAGACAGAUCCGCGACGAGAAGGAGGAGGUCGAGAGACGGGAGGGCAUGAACGAAGACGGCGAGGAGGAUGGCGAGGCCUCUAGAGGGGGCAACACGCCUCGCCACGUCUCCAGCGGCAACGUCACGCCGCACCCAGACAGCGGUGCCGUGCCGAGACCGACUUCGGCGCACGAGGGUCAGUCGGAGGAUCAGUCCGAGGGCCUCAAGCCUCGACCGGGUGGCUUGGGCAGCUUUUCGCGCUCCGGCAGCGCCGUCCCGAGCCAGAGUGGCACGCCUCAUCCUCAAGACGAUGACGAGGGCGAGAUUGAAGAGGGAGAGGACGUUGAGAUGGAUGAUCACCAUGACACACAGCUCACUUCGGGAGGCGAUACCCCUCAAAUCACAGUGGACGCACCGGAGAGUAUGGAGGUGGACAGCUAGACGAAUCAAGUGCUUCGGAGGAUCCUAGAAUAGUCCCUCAAUUGAGAUACCCAUUAAACCAGGCAGAUA